AUGGAUUUUUCUCGUUUUGAGAAACCUCCUUAUCCUAUAAAGCUCAAGCAACAAGCACAAAAGCAACAGUAUGCCAGACCUAAUGGAAUCAUAGAAGAUGUUCUUGUUAAAGUUGACAAGUUCAUCUUCCCGGCUGAUUUCAUCGUGCUAGACAUGGAGGAAAAGAGUGAAAUGCCCCUUCUAUUGGGUAGACCGUUCUUGGCCACAGCUCGAUCUAUGAUUGAUGUAGAACAAGGAAAGCUCGAGUUGAAGAUAAAAGAUGAAAAAAUCACUAUCAAUGUUUUCGAUACUAUGAAGAAUCCCUCUGAUCAUAGUGAUUGUUUCAAACUUGAAGUGUUUGAAGAGGUGGUUAUGGAAGAGAAAAGUGACUAUCAAGAGCUUGAAGAAGAGUUGAAGGCUCUAGAUGAAGCUGCUCCAGAAGAAAAGCGAGCAACUGUCUUUGAGGUACUAAAAGAGAAAGAAGAUGACUCAGCUACAUUGGUACCAAAGGUGGAAUUAAAAGAGUUGCCUCAAUAUUCUGUUAUCAUCAAUAAGGAAGUCCAUCAGCAGCAUAAAGAAAGCAAGCCAAAUGUUAAGAUGGAAAAGCCCAAGAGAGACUCUGUGGUUUCACUCGCCGAACAGAUACCUUCCACCGAUUUUGACCGCGUCUUGUUCACCGAUCGGACAUGCCGCAAUCGGGAGUUAUCCCCGUGCAAAAACAAGACGCGGCCAGGGACGGCGGCGGUGACGGACUGCGAGGUGUGGAGCGAGGCGUGCUCGGAGGCGGUGUUGAGCUUGGCGAGGUUGCCGGAGACGGCGGAGUGGUUGAAAAGGAUUCGGAGGAGGAUCCACGAGAAUCCGGAGCUGGCUUUUGAGGAAAUCGAAACGAGCCGCCUGAUACGAGAGGAGUUGGAUCUGAUGGAAGUUAGUUAUCGGUAUCCACUUGCGAAGACCGGUAUUCGAGCCUGGAUCGGCACCGGGGGUCCGCCUUUUGUUGCAAUCAGAGCUGACAUGGAUGCACUUCCCAUUCAGGAAGCUGUGGAAUGGGAGUACAAGUCUAAAGUUGCCGGCAAAAUGCACGCUUGUGGGCACGACGCACAUGUUGCUAUGCUUGUUGGUGCUGCCAAGAUUUUGAAAACUCGAGAGCAUUUACUAAAGGGAACUGUAAUUCUGAUAUUCCAGCCAGCGGAGGAAGCUGGUAAUGGUGCAAAGCGAAUGAUACAAGACGGUGCUUUGAAGGAUGUGGAGGCUAUAUUUGCAGUUCAUGUAUCUCAUGAGCAUCCAACUGCUAUAAUUGGAUCGAGGCCAGGACCCCUGUUGGCUGGCUGUGGAUUUUUCAGAGCUGUGAUUAGUGGGAAAAAAGCCCUUGCUGGCAAUCCUCACCACUCUGUUGAUCCAGUUUUGGCCGCUUCAGCUGCAGUUAUCAGCUUACAGGGUAUUGUCUCCCGUGAAUCAAAUCCCCUGGAUUCACAGGUUGUCUCUGUGACUUCCUUCAAUGGAGGCAACAAUCUUGACAUGAUACCGGAUACAGUGGUCCUCGGUGGAACUUUCAGAGCUUUCUCUAACACCAGCUUUUACCAGCUACUUGAAAGAAUAGAGCAGGUGAUUGUGGAACAGGCCAGUGUCUACAGAUGCUCGGCAGAAGUUGAUUUCUUUGAAAAGGAGUACACCAUUUAUCCUCCCACAGUUAAUGAUGACCGAAUGUAUGAGCAUGUGAAGAAGGUGUCCAUCGACUUGCUGGGUCAAAAGAAUUUCAGGGUAGUCCCACCAAUGAUGGGUGCUGAAGAUUUCUCUUUUUACUCCGAGGUGGUUCCGUCAGCUUUCUUUUACAUAGGUAUAAGAAAUGAAACACUAGGGUCUACUCACACGGGACAUUCUCCAUAUUUCAUGAUUGAUGAAGACGUUCUACCAAUAGGCGCUGCGGCUCAUGCCACCAUUGCAGAGAGGUACCUCAUUGAACAUGGCUGAUGUCAAAAAAUAGAAAUCCCCUGCCCAUUUCCACUCAACUUAAGCACAA